GUCUAGAAAGGUGUAACGUUAGCUAGCUAACGUAUUAGUGUUGUUUGCUUGUUUAGUUAGCUGCAGUACAGUAGAUGAGCUGACGUUAACCGUUGUUCUUGACCUGUCUUGUCAAACAAGUAACUAACGUUAGCUAGCUUUCCUACAACUAGCUAACAAGUUCUCAACAGCUAAAACAUUUACAACUAGCUAGUUAUUUAGCUAGUAAGCUAUGUAACGUUAUCCAGCUAAUAUAACGAUGUUAGUAAACGCUAGUUAGCUAUACAACUGCCAACUAACCUUAACUGGUUUAGUACUAAACACAUUUCGCUAGCUAGUCUACAGCCUUAACAGGCGCUAAUUUAUUCCUACAGUCAGGCUAACCACAACGAUGUCUCGGAGGCGGCUUGACAACCGCAAUGGACCUACUGGGUUACUUGGAGAAAUUCAAACCCUUAUCAAUACGGAACCGAUGGACAGUAUGUACGAAAUCACCGGCGAGUUGGGCAGGGGGAAAUUUGCAGUGGUGAAGCGGUGCAUGGAGAAGGCUACGGGAAAGAUGUUCGCCGCCAAGUUCCUGCGGAAGCGGAGGCAGGGCCGAGAUUGUCGGGCCGAGGUGGUGCACGAGAUGGCCGUGCUGGAGGCGGCCCGCAACAACCCUCGUGUGGUCAACCUGCAAGCUGCCUACGAGACAGACCACGACAUAAUACUGCUGCUGGAAUAUGCGGCAGGAGGUGAGAUCUUUGACUACUGUGACUGUGAUGAGCUGCUCCCAGAGGGCCAGAUCACACGCCUGAUCAGACAGAUGCUGGAGGGUGUCCACCUCCUCCACCAGACCAGCGUGGUGCACCUGGACCUCAAGCCCCAGAACAUUCUCUUGACCAGCCUGGCUCCGCUGGGGGACAUAAAGAUUGUGGACUUUGGCCUGGCGCGCAAACUGGGCACAGUCGGAGAGCUCCGAGAGAUCUUGGGCACGCCCGAGUACGUGGCUCCAGAAAUUCUGAACUACGAGCCUAUCACCACAGCAACUGACUUGUGGAGUGUGGGGGUGAUAGCCUACAUGCUGGUGACGGGCGAGUCUCCGUUUGCAGGGGACGACAAACAGGAGACGUACCUGAAUGUGUCCCAAGUCAAUGUGGACUACAGCCAAGAGGCCUUCUCCAGGGUGUCGGAGCUCGCCGUCGACUUCAUCCGCAAGCUGCUGGUCAAAACACCAGAGGACAGGUCCAGUGCAGCCGACUGCAUGACCCACCCCUGGCUGUGGCAUCAAUACCCAAUUACCGAGCCCAUCGCGCCACGUACACCCCGCGACAGGAGCACCGGUAACAAGUGGGCUGCCCCACCCGAGGACCCAGAAGACAAGGAGAACUUCACCUUGGACUCGCACCACACCCACGCCAAGAGGUUUCGGUUUGAGGUGGAGACGCACGCCUCCGACUUUUGAGGGGGAAAGAGCGACGCAAGCGCCCUCCCUCCUGCGACCUGCCCUUAUGAUUUUAUUGGUUUUAUGCAGCAAUGAACCUGCAGGCAGCACUGUUGCCUACCCAAGAGCUAUUCAGUUCUGUUCUACCGCUCGCUUGUAUCCAGUGUGUCCGGCCAAACCAAAGUUAACCAGCUUACUUUGUGAUCUAAUAAGUAAUAGUAUUUUAUAGUGAGCUGUUUUUGUCUUUUGUUUUGUCUGGUUCAUUUAUGUCCCUGAAUUUACAGAGAAUGGGUGGCCAGGUAUAUUUUAAGGGAAAUCUAUGCUAUACUGUUUUACCACAAACUUUUAAGACAUUUUAAACAGUCAGCAAAUUAUUACUUGACCAUUUUUGCCAUUUUUGUCGUAAAAGUGUUCUUAGACGCCCCAAAGUGUUUUUAGUAUUUUGUGCUAAAAGCAUUCGAAAGAACACUGAGCUGUGCAUAUACAAGCUAAAUCAGUCUAUUUGAGGUCGUGAAAGUAAAGUAUCCUCGUACUAUAUGCUUAUUUGCUUGACCCAAGAUGUGCAUUUUACCUCCCUACUCUCAAACAAGCAUCAGCUUCGGGCCAUGGCUUAUGCCGAGUGGCAUAUUCCAUUCCAUUCCAUCUGACAUUCCCUUGUCUAGUUCUUAGACACUCUACAACACACCACAUCUGAAAACACGUCAUUGAAGACAGGUUUUCUAUGCACACAUUACCCAGCCUUGGCCUGCAUAAUAAGUAAGCCAAUGAGUCACACUAUUUUCUGUCAAUUACAGUGUUUAUUGUUUACCUGAACUCUCCUGGUUUACAAUUCCACAGUAAUAGAGGCGGUUUAAGAGGGCUCGAAAAAAGGUGACUCAUGGACAGUUCACACCACACCCAUGCUUACUCAAAUGUUUCUGCAAAGUUGUCAGUUCCUCUUUAAUCAUUAGCUUAAGGCAAAUGUGACUGAAGCACUUUCUAUUUAUCAUCUGGGUAUUUCAUGAAUUACUGGAAAAUAACCAUGUCCUCUGAAGUGUUUUUAAUUCCAUGUUUUCUUUUUAAAGUAUAACUUGAAAACAACUUUCUGAUGUUCACCAAAGUAAUCUAAUCUGUAUCCCUUUAAUCAGCAUUAAAAAGCUAUUCAAUUUUUCUAGGGCUAGGAGUCCUUUAAAGCUCAAUGGGAAUCGGGUACAGUGCAUUUGGAAAGUAUUCAGACCCUGACUUUUUCUACAUUUUGUUAAUGUAGAGCCUUGUUCUAAAAUUGAUUAAAUAGUUUUCCCCCCCUUCAAUGUAUUUGGGGAAUUUUUCUCUGCAGAUCCUCUCAAGCUCUGUCCGGUUGGAUGGGGAGUGUUUCAGUUCUUUCCAGGGAUGUUCGAUCGGGUUCAAGUCCAGGCUCUGCUGGGUCACUCAAGGACAUUCAAAGUCUUGUCCCGAAGUCACUUCUGCGUUGUCUUGGCUGUGUGCUUAGGGUUGUUGUCCUGUUCGAAGGUGAACCUACGCCCCAGUCUGAGGUCCAGAGCGUUCUCGAGCAGGUUUUCAUCAAGGAUCUCUGUACUUUGCUUCAUUCGUCUUUUAUUUGAUCCUGACUAGUCUCCCAGUCCCUGCUGCUAAAAAAAAACAUUCCCACAGCAUGAUGCUGCCACCACCAUGCUUCACCAUAGGGAUAGCACCAGGUUUCCUUGGCACUUGGCAAUUAGGCCAAAUAGUUCAAUAUUGGUGAAGGGAAAAAUUCUCCAAAUACAGUUGUGCCACGCUUGUAGCGUCAUACCCAAGAAGACUCGAGGCUGUAAUUGUUGCCAAAUGUGCUUCUAAUGACCUGUUUUUGCUUUGUCAUUAUGGGGUAUUGAAGGGGGAAAACUAUUUAAUCAAUUUUAGAACAAGGCUGUACAUUAACAAAAUGUAGAAAAAGUCAGGGUCUGAAUACUUUCCAAAUGCACUGUACCUGAUUCCCAUUGAGCUUUAAAGGACUCCUAGCCCUAGAAAAAUUGAAUAGCUUUUUAAUGCUGAUUAAAGGGAUACAGAUUAGAUUACUUUGGUGAACAUAAGAAAAUAAGUUGUUUUCAAGUUAUACUUUUUUUUUAAAACAUGGAAUUAAAAACACUUCAGAGGACAUGGUUAUUUUCCAGUAAUUCAUGAAAUACCCAGAUGAUAAAUAGAAAGUGCUUCAGUCACAUUUGCCUUAAGCUAAUGACCUCCCUGACCAAGGCCCUUCUUUAGGAAGAGUUUUGGUGGUUCCAAACUUCUUCCAUUUAAGAAUGAUGGAGGCCACUCUAUUCUUGGACCUUCAAUGCUGCAGAAAUGUUUUUGUGUCCUUCCCCAGAACUGUGCCUCGGAGCGCUACGGACAAUUCCUUCAACCUUAUAGCUUGGUUUUUGCUCUGACAUGCACUGUCAACUGUGGGACCUUUUUAUAUAGACAGGUAUGUGCCUUUCCAAAUCAUGUCCAAUCAAUUGAAUUAACCACAGGUUAAGUUGUAGAAACAUCUCAAGGAUGAUCAAUGGAAACAGGAUUCAGUUGAGCUCAAUUUCGAGUCUCAUAGCAAAGGAUCUGAAAAGUGAUGUAAAUAAGGUAUUUCUAUUUUUUAUAAAUAAAUGUAAAAAAAAUGUUGCUUUGUCAUUAUCAGUUAUUGUGUAUAGAUGUGGAUUUUUUUAUUUGAUUGAUUUAAUACGUUAGUCUUAUUCUAAAAUGUAACAAUGUGGAAGAAGGGAAGGGGUCUGGAUACUUUCUGAAUUCACUGUAUAUUGGGAGUCAACAGAUUGUCUCUGUAUGGAGGCGAAUAUAUUACGUCCUAUCCCCUCUUCAUUCCAUUUCCUCGUCUCAGGGCAAAUUACCUUUUACUUUGGUCAUUACGAUUGUGUGCCUCUUUAUAUUCGCCCUUUUUUAUGUACAUUUUGUCUAACCUGAUUAUCAAUAUAAUUCUAUAAUGUGAUGGUGUUUUGUUUGUUUAGAUGUACAUUGUGCUUUUAUUUAACUGGCUUCAGAUGGGUUUAUUAAGGUUAUAUGGGAUAUAGUUUAUUAAGAAUAUAUGGAAUAUAGUAUUGAUAGCAUCUCUUAACAAAAAUAUGUUUUGGUAACGGGUGACAAAAUGUAAAUAUGGUUUGCUUUUAAAGUGGUGAAUGUUUGAUAUGCGUGAACGCUUUGGCAAAGUGAUUAGAGAUGGAUUUAUAAUAGAAAAAAUGGGUUUCCGUUAUGAGGAAAGGAUAUGCCGUUGAGAAGCUUGCGGAGAGGACGAUAAAAUAUUUCGGGUUACGGAAGUGAUGUGGGUAAAGGUUAUGGAAUUCACUGAAUCAUGGACAGGAAAACAUUUUAGUAAUGCAGUCGAUGAACAGGAACAUUUUUGAGAUAUUUGUACAGUGUUACCAGGAGGAGGAUUAUUUUUGGGAUAUAUGGACGGUCCUAGUACGGAACACUUUUGACAGUGAAGAACAUGAAUUGGAAGUGCUCUGUUGAGCAUUCAUUCACAUGGAAGCCCAUCCACCUGUGAAGUUAUGAAAUAAUAUACAAAUGCUUCAAGGGGUUCUCAGUAUUGAUCAUUGAAUCUGGAUUGUUAUGAAGCCUAACUGCCAGUCGACCUCAACUGAACAUGUCAGUUCAAAAAAGGUGCGAAGACUUUCUUGUUUGUGGGCCUCAAGGUUUACCAGAGAGAUGUCACCGGCCUGGCACACACAAUAGCCUUUGUCUUGGAGAGGGACUUCUCCGGCCACGGCCAAACACUCAAUGUAUGCUGUCAUCCAUACGGAGAACUUGAACACCGCUACGUAAUUACAUUGGUUUAGUAAUCAUUACCAUCAGUUCAAAGACAUUUCAAAUGAAAACACAGACGUUUGAGGUGCUGCUGUCACCAAUUGGCGCAAAGUGGACUUGUACAACUUGAUUAUUUGUAGGAGCUCAACUGGUAUAUGACUUUGAUUACCACAGGAGGUUGGUGGCACCUUUUUUAAUUGGGGAGAAUGGUGUCAUGAUAAUGGCUGGAGCAGAAAAGGCGGAAUGUUUGAUGCCAUUCCAGACAUUUAUUAUGAGCUGUUCAAGUGACAAAAAAUGGACUUGAUUACAGUUGUAGGAGAUUCACUGUUGUAACGCUAUUGUUUUGUAUUGCUGAGACCAAUUGGCACAGUAGUGGACUUGUAAAACUUGAUUAUAUUUGUGAGAGCGCCACUGCUUUUUCAUUUUGUACGGCCGUCAGAAUGGACUUUGACUUACAGACGAUCUGGGCCUAUGCCCACCCAUGGCUGCGCCCCUGCCUCGUUGUGAAAUCCAUAGAUUAGGGUGUAAUGAAUUUAUUUCAAUUGACUGAUUUCCUUUAUAUGAACUGCAACUCUGUAAAAUCAUUGACAUUUUUUGCAUGUUGUGUUUACAUUUUUGUUCAGUAUAAUAUCCAGAUAUUUCCAGGGACAAUUGUUCAGCACUUUUGGAACUACUGUAUAACAUCAAAAUAUAGGGGUAGGAGAGGAAGUAUGGGGCCCACGUGGGUAACUGGGGGACCCUGAUUUGAUUGGGUAACUGAUUAAUAAAGAAUUAAAAGAA